AUGUCGCGCGUAACGCAGUCAAGACAGCAGACGGAAGCCAACGCCAAACUGCUCCGUUCGCUCGCCAAGUCGGCCGACAACAAGGUCUGCGUAGACUGCAAGAAGAACGAUCCAAGAUGGGCUAGUUGGAACCUAGGCUGUUUCCUGUGCAUUCGAUGCUCCGGUAUCCAUCGUUCCAUGGGUACUCACAUCUCCAAAGUCAAGAGCAUCGACUUGGACAUUUGGACACCCGAACAGAUGGAUUCUGUCCAAAAAUGGGGGAAUCGUAGGUGCAACCUGUACUGGGAAGCUCAUCUGAAAGCUGGUCACGUACCUGCGGAUCACAAGAUUGAAUCGUUCAUCAGGAGCAAGUACGAGUCCAGGAGGUGGGCAAAGGACGGUCCUCCGCCGAGCGAUCCUAGUGUUUUGGAUGGCGGUGCCGAGGCGCCUGCUGCGACUGCGAGUGGCUCAACCGGAGCAGCGACGGCUAAGGCGACACCGAGUGUAGCGGCCAAGAAGGCUGCACCGGCGAUCGAUCUGCUCGACGAUGCAUCGCCUGCACCAGCACCAGCACCAGCAGCGUCAGCGACCAAGCAACCUCCCGCACCAGCAACAACCGCAGCACCACCCAAGACAACUCCAGCUGGCGGAGGAGGAGGAGGCGGGGGAAUCUUCGAUCUCGACUGGCACGAACCUUCCCCUUCCAGCACCACCACCACCACCUCCAAGGGCAAAAACGACAUCAUGUCCCUCUUCGCCUCCUCCAAACCCACCCCCGCUCCCGCCCCCAGCACGGCCAACGACACCUUUGGCGACUUCUCAUCCUUCACCUCCCCCACCUCCACCACCGCUGCUGCUGCUGCCGCCACCUCCAACCUCACCUCCUCCUUCGGCGGACUGGAUCUCUCCGCAGCACCUAAAUCCACUGCCCCCGCCUUCGGCGCAAGCAGCAACCCCUGGUCCACCGGCACAAAUCCCCCAGCCCCGUCCAACACUGCAGGGGGCCUGUUCGACACGCACGACGUCUGGGGCUCAUCCGGUGCUAACACCACAUCCAGCAAGCCGAAGGACGACGCUUUUGCCGAUAUUUGGGGUGACUUCAAGUAG